AUGGUAUUUAAAAUUAAAGAAUUAGGUUAUUUAUUAAAACCUGGUGAAAAAUUUACAAAUGAAGAAGAUUGUAUAGAUGAUAUAAAUAUAAAUACUAAAUCUGAAAUUUAUCUAAUUAACAGUAAGUCAAAUUUAAUUAAUCAAUUUUUAUUCUUAAUCUUAUUCUUAAUUUUAAUUAUCACUAAAAUAGAAGAAAAAUUAAAUGAAAUGGAAUUGAAAUUAAAUGAUAAAAAUUGGAUUGAAACAUUAACAAUUAUUGGAAAUACAAUACCACAAAAUAAUAAUUUAACAUUAAAUCAACAAUUUAAUGAAUUGGCUAAUGAAUUUAUUAAAAUUGGUCUUAACAAUUUCAAAGUAAUAUAA